AUGAAGGUUUCAGAUGGUACUGAGUCGAUUCUUUCUCCAAAUUCACGGUCAGGUGGGGAUAAGUUGACGUGUUACCGGAGUCUACGCCGGCGGCGGAAGGGAAACAAUGAUGUUGGCCGGAGGGGGAGUCAGAAUACAGUGAUGAAUGAGGAAUCUUCUCUUCUAUAUUGUUUCUGGGUUUUUUGCUUUGAUUGUUUCAAGGGGUCCGAGCUGAAUUCUUCAAUGGAAACCCCUAAUCAUGCAACGGAAGGAGCUACAACAAAGUGGGAAUGUGGCUACUCGAAAGUACAGAUUGCAACUUUCUCAGUUGCUUCUGCUUUGCAAGUUGAAUUGGUUGAAGCUCGAAAUCGAAUAAAAGAGCUUGAAGCAAAGCGAAUGUUUUCUAGGAUGAAACUCGAAAGCUUCACGAGGAAGCUGGAUGAAGAAAGGGCUUCAUGGAUUAGACGAGAGCAUCAAAAGAUGAGUGCAAUAAUCAAGCACUUAAAGGAAAGCACAAUAAUGGAAAGAAGAAAAUUUCAAAAGGUGGAUAUUCUUAAGUCCAAACUUCUUAGCAAUCUUGCUGAUUCCAAGAAAUCGGCCAAGCAAUUCGUGCAGAAUUACGAGAGAGAGAAAAAGGCGAAAGUGUUUUUGCAGGAUGUAUGUACUGAGCUAGCUAAAGAAAUUGAGAAGGAAAAGGCUGAAAUUGUAGCGUUGAAGAGAGAACUCGGACGAGUCCUAGAGAAGGUGGAAGAAGAGAAAAAUAUGCUGCAAAUGGUCGAGGCUUGGCACGAAGAACGUGUCCAGGUGACGUUAGUCAAUGCAAAGCUGAUUUUGGAGGAGAAAUAUUCUGCAAUGAGUAAUAUUAUAGCAGAGCUCCAGACAUUCUUGAGAUCGACAAAUGUAAAUACAGAUAUGAGUCAUAUGACCAAGAAGAGCCAGAUUGAACUCCAAAGCACAAACGAAUUCUCACAUACGCCUCCAAAACCAGAUUACAUACACACAAUCGUUGAGGGUUCAAGAGUUAACGUAGAGAAAGGACGGGAAAUGGACCGUUGCAUUGGUCGUAGUCCUACCAGUCAUUCUUCGCGUGUUACAAGAAGCACCACUAAUAUGCAUUCAAGUGACAAGGAGACUAUGAUCCAAGCUGAAGAUCAGAAUUCGAGUUACAAUCUUGAGGAGUUCGAGCAAUCAGCAAAUGACAAUAAUGGGUGUAAGUACAUUUCCAGUGGUAAACCAGAAGAUGACCAUUUUAAACAUCAUGGCAAGUCCACUUCCUCGGCUUUAUCAAAGAAACCGAAGAAAAAAGGUCCGCCCCCGCUCAAGCUUUGGAGAAGCUUUAACGAUGGGAAUGCAAAGCUUUUAAAUGCAUCGUCGUCCAAUGUAUCUUCUAUUUCUCAAGAUAGAGUUUCCGGUGAAGGGGCAGUUUGCGGCCGCAGUUUGGUUGGUCACCGGUGCCAACCUGAUCCUAGGAAUCCACACAUAGUUCGAGGUAUGCAAGGUCGUAUUGAAUGGAGGCGAGGAAUCCAAAGGCGAGGCUUGAGAGCAGAGGGCUUGGAAACCAGGAUUUUGCUGAACUGCCGGAAGAAGCUUGCUAGAAGCGGUGACCGCCCCUCACACUGCUUUAUGAUUUGUGUUUUAUGGUUUAUGAGUUAUGACUAUGAUUUGUGA